AUGACAACCCCUCCCGCCCAAUCGGAAAAAGGAGGCGGCGCUUCGCGACUUCCGCUUCUGGCGGCGGGGAGCGGCGGCCUCGUGGCGUCUCCCCCCGUCCCCUCCCCUGCCCGCCGGCCCAGGGAGGCGAUGGGUCUGGGGGUGCCGUGGGGCGGCGGCGGGUGCCUGGUGCGGGCCGCCCACACCGGGCUCAGCUGGGGCAUCACGGUGGGGCUUUUCCUGUACCCGACAGACUUGCGGCGCCAAGAAGAGCGGGGCCAGCUGCUUCAGCCCCUGUUCUUUGUCUCGCUGGUCCUCUGCUCUGUCCUUCUGUACUUCAUUGUUUCUCUCAUGGAUCCCGGCUACGUUGAGCAUGAUGCAGAAGAGAAGGAAGUAGUAAGGGAAGAGGAAAAAGCAAUGAUACCCCAGCAAGUCCCUACUGCUGUUCGGCUUCGACGCUGUGGAUACUGCAUGCUGAAGCAGCCAAUGAGAGCCAAGCAUUGCCAGGCGUGUCAGCACUGCGUCCGUCGCUACGACCACCACUGCCCCUGGAUUGAGAACUGCGUGGGGGAGAGGAAUCACCCCCUCUUUGUCAUCUACCUGGCUGUCCAGCUGGUGGUUCUGCUGUGGGCCCUUCAGGUGGCCUGGUCUGGUCUGAACUUUGAGCUGUCCUGGCUGUGGCUUCAGCACACUUUCCUCCUACUCCUCUCCUUCCUCGUGAUCGUCAUCUUCACUGUCGUGGUGUCGCUGCUGCUGGUUUCGCACCUGUACCUGGUCUCGUGCAACACCACCACGUGGGAGUUCAUGUCCCGCCACCGCAUUUCCUAUCUAAAGCAGUGCAAAGAGGAGAACCCUUUUGACCGGGGCAUCUUCCGCAAUCUCUGGCGGUUCUUCUGUGCCUGCCGCCUCGUCACCUGGGAGAAUUUGUACUUCCAGGGGGACGGGGGCACCGUGUGA